GUCCCUACUGAAGAUUGUGGAGUUCUUCAAAGAAAAGAAAAAUGUUUACAACAAAUACGACUUGGUGUACUUUGUAACUGGAAAGAACAUGGUUGCAAUACAAGGAUCGACUAGAGUUGAUGCCCUUUCAGGGUACGCAUUUGCUGCUUCCGCCUGCUCGGAUCACCGGCAACAGCUCGGUGAAGAUACAGCGUACACAUAUCGAGGAAUAAGGAUUACGGCGCACGAAGUUGCCCAUACGUUGGGAUGCACGCACGAUGGCACGAGGGCACCAGGAAAUACCAGGACGUUUACGCCUGACGCUUUGAGAUGUCCUUGGGAACGUGGUAACCUAAUGAGCUAUGUGGAAAAAGGCAGCGAAAGCAUGAGAUUUUCUUCUUGCUGCGACUACGAUAUCGCUCAAAUGUCAUGGACAUAUGAGGCGGCUUGUUUGAGAACAAAUGACACAACCAUAAUUGCUGAGAGGUGGAGGAAGCGUUAUAAGCUGCCCGGGGAAUUUCUGACCAGAGACGAGCAGUGCAAGCUAACUUACCCAGACCUUGUGGAAACAUACUACAUGAGAGAAGCCCUACCGUACGACAUCACUUUGGCCUACACACGUGCAGAGCGCAGUCGGGCACUAAGAGAAAAUGGCCCUGCUGCCAAUGUCUUUGAGCCAAGCGUGGCAGCUGCUACAUCUGAUGCGGAGUUAAAGGAGCUGCUCACCUAUACACGUAUAAAGCUAGAAAGUCGGGAGCAGUGCAAGCACUUCAAUGACCAACUGCUGAAUGACCGUGCACAGAGGACUCGAAGCGGCAGCACCAACACGGCUUCCGUACUACACAGCACAUCGGACAGCUGA